GUGCUGUUGUCAGGACUGAUUGGUGUUGUUUCAUGGAAGAGGCCCCUGUCCCUUGUGAUAACGUUUUUCAUGCUGCUCUCUGCAGUGUGUGUGAUGCUGAACCUGGCCGGGUCCAUUCUCUCCUGUCAGAAUGCUCAGCUGGUCAAGUCCCUGGAAGGAUGUCAGCUGAUUAAAUUCGACAGUGACGGUGUCUGUGUUUGCUGUGAAAUGCAGCACCAGACAUCAGGCUGCAGUAACCUGGGAGAAACACUGAAGCUGAACCCUCUGCAGGAGUGCAAUGCAGUCAGGCUGACCCUCAAGGACCUGUUGUUCAGUGUGUGCGCUCUCAAUAUCAUCUCCACCAUUGUCUGUGCUUUGGCAACAGCAAUGUGUUGCAUGCAGAUGGUUUCCUCUGAUCUCCUGCAAAUGUUUCCCUCUUACAGCCUUUUUCACUUUAAUUUCUGUGCCUUCCAGCAGGAUGAUAUCACACAGUUUCUGCCACAGAGGCCGCAUUCUGCCAAUCCUGACUGCAUGACUCCACAUGGGACUGUCCUGCACCAGACCCUGGAUUUUGAUGAGUUCAUCCCACCAAUCCCCCCCCCUCCCUACUACCCACCAGAGUACACCUGCACGCCCGUGGGGGAGGCACAGAGAAGUCUCCAUUUGGACUUCCCUCAUUCCCCAUUUGGUGCUCUAUAUGAAGUAACCAUUAAUAGCCCAGGAAUGCUGUAUCCAAGUGAGCUGCCCCCUCCUUAUGAGGCAGUGAUUGGAGAGAUGCCUGCCAGACAGGUCACUGGUGCUGCUCAGCAAGUGUCUGAACCGAGCCUGGGGGAGAGGAACACGACCCCGGACUUCGGCACCCAAGUUUCUGUUGAGAGCACCUCUCUGAUGGUCUCUGAGGCUGUUGAUGUCCCAGACUGUAGCUACUCCUCUGAAGAUCUUUGUUCGCUGGAAGUUCAAGGAUCUCUCCAGUCUGCAGAUCUUUCUCCCUACUGCAUAACCCCCAAGGGGGCUGCAGAGCAGAGCUGCAGUGCCCUGGAUUGCCACCCUCGCUGCAGGUGUCACAGAACUCGCUCUGAGGGCUUUCCUGAUGAGGGUGACAGCUCCCACAGCCCAGCCUCCACAGACAGGUCCCAAGGACAGGAAAAGAGCUGUGCCCACGGCAGGUCCUUGGACUGGUCCUCAGGGAAUUACAGCCCCUCAGAACGAGAACUGCAGAGUUCUGCUCAAGAGAGCAGUGCCACGCCGCCUUUGAAGCAGAAGAAAACCUGUUGUGUGGACUGUCACCAGCCCCCUGCCACUUUGCAGAGCUCUCCCUGUUUUGGGCCAGCAAACACUUCAGCAGGCGGCCCCGAGGCUGCUGUCCAGCAGCAGCGCCUCAGCAAGCCCCCAGCCCCAGCCAUCGUCCGCUCCAGCAGCGCCCCUGUGUCCUGCUCCUCUGCCACCGAAGGUGAUAAUUGUGCCUGGACUUCUGUGUGCAGGCAGUGCCAAGAUGCAGGAUUAUCUCCAGCUACAGGAGAAACAGUUCCUGUCUCUGGUUCUCAUAUGGCUGCCUCUGCUUGCCAGCAUUCUUUGAGCAGUUUUCUACCAACUGGAAAACAGAGGGAUACAAGGAAAAUUGAUCUGCACCUAAAGCCAAAGGCUUUUCACACCGUCUCGAAAGAGCGGCCACGCUCCUUAGUGGACCUUAAGGCCUAUAAAGACACAAAAAUUUUAGUGGCAAAAUUUUUGGAACAUUCAAACUGUAAUCUCCCUCCAGAAGUGCGUCACGUAGUGAACAGCAUACGGUCAGUCAUUAAAUCUGAUGAGAGACACAUGGAAGAAGCCAUCUUCAGUGCCAAUAUCAUAGACCAGGUGAUGACGAGCUCCCGGCAGGGCGCGGGCGGCUGCAGGAAGCGGCUGCAGGGGGAUCUGCACCUGCGGAGCUGCGGCGCCCUGAGCUCCGCCGCGGCCCCGGCGCGCAGCCGGACUCCGCUCAGCCGCGCCCUGGAGCGGGAGCGGCCGCACAGCCUCAUCGGGGUGUGCCGGGAAACCAUCCUGUGACCAGGAUGUGCUGGGGAACCCUCCUGUGACC